CUCAAGGUGGAUUAAGGUUUCCAUAAAAGAGGGUGAGCGUCCUUGAUAUAUUCAGAUAUUCACGGGGGAAACGAACAGAGAACACAGCGAGGAUUGUCUGUCUCACUGUCUGCAUAUCUUGAUGUUUGUGCGCUCUUACCAUGCCUUUGUUUGUGCUGAAAUGCUUGCUGCUGUGUGUGCUGAUGGUUGGGACAGUGUGUGCCUGUAUGUUGAAAAACCACACGAUAUGGAUUGAGAAGCAAGACUGUACCCAGUGCGUGGCCGUCAACACUACCAUCUGCAGUGGCUAUUGCUACACACAGGACACCAAUUUGAGGGGGCGCUUCGGGAGGACUUUCUUGAUCCAGCGUAGCUGUGUGCCUCUCUCCCUGGUGUACCGGGCUGCUCAUGUGCCCGGCUGUCCUCUGGAUGUCAACCCACAACUGUACUAUCCUGCCGCCCACUGCUGCAGCUGUAAGCGCUGUGACACACGCACACACCACUGCGUCCAACCCAGCCGGAUCUCUUACGACCAGUGCUCCGUUGCUCUCGGCAGUGUGGAGAAACACAAUCAGCCUGCUCUGGGAACCUGACAGAAUGCUAAUAUAAUCAGUGCACAUGCACCAACAGCGAUGCUGCUUAUUUAUAUGUCAAUGUAGAUCCUCUCUGCUCAUUAACUGUUCCUGUUUGUUAGGCAGUUGUGUUGCAAUAAAAAAAAAAACCGUGUUGAGCAUGCAUUACCAAUGUGAAUUGUACUGACCGAGUAAAUAAAUGAGUGACCAUAAACCAACGCAUGAUAUUUGCAUCCACCUAUAAAAUAUUUUCUGCACACUUG